UAGCAAGCAGGUCUCCUAUCGCUGACCGACACAAGGUGGAUAUUGGUACAUCACCGUAUAGAUCACCCGGUCAUCUACAAAAUAUGUCGCCCAGAUCACCUCGUAAUGUACUGGACACGUCACCAUACCGAUCUAGUCAACAACCGGAUACGUCACCGUUGAGAUCACCUCGCAAUCUCUCGAACACUUCACCCCUAUACACAGAUAGAUCUGUGGGUACGUCACCGUACAGAUCACCUACCAAUCUACCAGACACCAGGUACACAACAGAAUCUAUGAAAAAUCCACUAGAAAGGUAUGAAAAUACAGGCUCUGUACUUUCAUCACCAAAACAACAACAUAAUCUACCAGUAGAGGUGAAUAGACAGAGAACUAGUCCACCAAGAUGUUCACAGGUUAAUGGGUAUGCUUCAUCAUUGACUGAUAUUGUAGAUUCCAUGGAGAGAGCCACUGUACAGGACUUGGAUAAUCAGGAUACUUACCGACCAUAUCUGGCAAAGACGCCUGAUUUGUUUGCCUCCAGUAAUGGUGCUGCUAAUUAUAGUAAUCAUGAUGAUUCCCAUAUUCUAGAAGAAGUCUUCUUUCUCAAAUAAUUGUAAAUAAUUUUACUAAUUUAUUACAUUAAUCAUGUCCUAGGUCUCUUGAAUCCUUUGUCACCAACUAAACUUACAUGAUUG